UCUCUCCCAGGACAGCUGCUGCGGUCACACCACAAACUUAAAAGCCGCCCUCCCGCUCGGAGCGUGCCUUUCCUCGCCACACUCGCCUCCCCAAAGCUCCAGCUGGUGCCUGGCUCCCCGCCUGUCCGGUCUCGGCGCUCCGGGGCCAGCAGCGCCCCCUGCCUCCCCGUCUGGCCUCUGCGGCCGCAGCCUCCGCGCUCCGCUAGGGCCGCCGGCGGCUCCGCGGCUCAGCCAGGGCUGCCUCUCAGAGGAGCUCGCGCCGGUGCCCCGGGUCGCCGCCGCGCACGCCCACAGCCUGCAUCCCCUUCCUUUCUUCCUGAAAGGACAUCUGGCCCAGAGAGAGGGGGAGAAGAGUUCGCGGCAGAUUAAAUUAACACCAUUUGAAAGAGGACAUUGUUUUCAUCAUGACUGCUACUAAAAAUGAGAGACCGAAGUCCAGAAGCCAUGAUUUUGACCUUUUUCAUGCCUUGAUGAUACUAAGCAUGACCAUGCUAUUUCUUCCAGUCAUUGGAACUUCUAAGCAAAAUAUUCCACGACUCAAGCUGACUUACAAAGACUUGCUGCUUUCAAAUAGCUGCAUUCCCUUUUUGGGUUCAUCAGAAGGACUGGAUUUCCAAACCAUUCUGUUGGAUGAGGAGAGGGGCAGGCUACUUGUAGGAGCCAAGGACCACAUCUUCCUGCUCAGUCUGGUUGACUUAAACAAAAAUUUUAAGAAGAUUUAUUGGCCCGCUGCAAAGGAACGAGUGGAAUUAUGUAAAUUAGCUGGGAAAGAUGCCAAUACAGAAUGUGCAAAUUUCAUCCGUGUACUUCAGCCCUAUAACAAGACUCACAUUUAUGUGUGUGGAACUGGAGCAUUUCAUCCAAUAUGUGGUUAUAUUGAUCUUGGAGUCUACAAAGAGGAAGUUAUAUUCAAACUAGACACACAUAAUUUGGAGUCUGGCAGACUGAAAUGUCCUUUUGAUCCUCAGCAGCCUUUUGCCUCGGUAAUGACAGAUGAGUACCUCUACUCUGGAACAGCAUCUGAUUUCCUUGGCAAAGACACGGCAUUCACGCGGUCCCUUGGGCCUACUCACGACCAUCAUUACAUCAGAACUGACAUUUCAGAGCACUACUGGCUCAAUGGAGCAAAAUUUAUUGGAACUUUCCCUAUACCAGACACCUAUAAUCCAGAUGAUGAUAAAAUAUAUUUCUUCUUUCGUGAAUCAUCUCAAGAAGGCACUACUUCUGAUAAGACCAUCCUUUCUCGAGUUGGAAGAGUUUGUAAGAAUGACGUAGGAGGACAACGCAGCCUGAUAAACAAAUGGACGACUUUUCUUAAGGCCAGAUUGAUUUGCUCAAUUCCUGGAAAUGAUGGGGCAGAUACUCAUUUUGAUGAGCUUCAGGAUAUUUACUUACUCCCCACAAGAGAUGAAAGAAAUCCUGUAGUCUAUGGAGUCUUUACCACAACCAGCUCCAUCUUCAAAGGCUCAGCUGUUUGUGUGUACAGCAUGGCUGACAUCAGAGCAGUUUUCAAUGGUCCAUAUGCUCAUAAGGAAAGUGCAGACCAUCGUUGGGUGCAGUAUGAUGGAAGAAUUCCUUAUCCCCGACCUGGUACAUGUCCAAGCAAAACCUAUGAUCCACUGAUUAAAUCCACCCGAGAUUUUCCAGAUGAUGUCAUCAGUUUCAUAAAGCGGCACCCUGUGAUGUUUAAAUCAGUAUACCCAGUUGCGGGAGGACCGACAUUCAAGAGGAUCAAUGUGGAUUACAGACUGACCCAGAUUGUGGUGGAUCAUGUUGUUGCAGAAGAUGGCCAAUAUGAUGUAAUGUUCCUGGGAACAGACAUUGGGACAGUCCUCAAAGUGGUCAGCAUUUCAAAGGAGAAGUGGAAUAUGGAGGAAGUAGUAUUGGAAGAGUUGCAGAUAUUCAAGCACUCAUCAAUCAUCUUGAACAUGGAAUUGUCUCUGAAACAGCAACAAUUGUACAUUGGCUCCCGCGAUGGAUUGGUUCAGCUCUCCUUGCACAGAUGCGACACUUAUGGGAAAGCCUGUGCAGACUGUUGUCUGGCCAGAGACCCCUACUGUGCCUGGGAUGGAAAUGCAUGCUCUCGCUAUGCACCCACUUCAAAAAGGAGAAGCCAGAGACAGAGAAUCGACCAUGGGAAUUAAAAGACUCAAUGUUUAGAGUUAGGCAUUAGUCAUGAAACUGCUGAUGAAAAGGUGAUUUUUGGCAUUGAAUUUAAUUCAACCUUUCUGGAAUGUAUACCUAAAUCCCAACAAGCAUCUAUUAAGUGGUAUAUCCAGCGGUCAGGAGAUGAGCAUCGAGAGGAGCUGAAACCUGAUGAAAGGAUCAUCAAAACAGAAUAUGGGCUACUGAUUCGAAGUUUGCAGAAGAAGGACUCUGGGGUGUAUUACUGCAAAGCACAGGAGCACACUUUCAUCCACACCAUAGUGAAGCUGACUUUGAAUGUCAUUGAGAAUGAACAGAUGGAAAACACCCAGAGGGCAGAGCACGAGGAGGGGCAGGGCAAGGAUCUGUUGGCUGAGUCACGGUUGAGAUACAAAGACUACAUCCAAAUCCUUAGCAGCCCAAACUUCAGCCUCGACCAGUACUGCGAACAGAUGUGGCACCGGGAGAAGCGGAGACAGCGAAACAAGGGCGGCCCGAAGUGGAAGCACAUGCAGGAAAUGAAGAAGAAACGAAAUCGAAGACAUCACAGAGACCUGGAUGAGCUUCCUAGAACCAUGGACACGUAGUUGUCUGUUUAAUUUAAAGAAAAGAAUUCUUUACCUGCAAAAAUACCGUCUUCUGUUUUGUACACCCCGUAUACUAACUCAUUAGAGCUUUCCAAGGAGUUUUACUAAAGCAAAGGACACAAGAACAAUGAUUGAAUAAGACUGCGUAUGGUGACUGUGGCGUAGUAAGGGCAAAUAAUUCAUCUGAACCAGUUUUCCAAGAACUGAACACGUACCUUCAAAGUAUCAGAAUUAUCCUCAAAAUGGAGGCUUUACAUUUGUAAAUGUUUGAUGUGCUGAGUUUUUGAAUUUAUUAUGUCAUGUAAAUAAUUGAGCUAAGCGAGCAUCAAAUUUGAUAUUGUAAUGAGGUGCUUUAUUUCCCUUGCAUGACCAUUAAGCAUGGACUUGACCAUGCAGUUGUGCUAUAUAUGUGUUCUUAGGAACAGAUAUAUCAUUCCACUCUAGAACUGGCUACCUUGUGGUAGGAAUUGGAGGGAAGACACAAAUUCAUACAGCUCAGGCUCUCAGCAGGAACUUUCCCAGGGAGCCCUUCACUCUUAGUGUGCGGUUUAGGAAUUUGGAGAGGUGUGUGAUUUCGGACCAUAGGGGUUACAUCCAGGGUGCUGCAGUGUGAUUUACUGAAGGAUGUAAAUGCUCCUCCCAGGAUUCCUUCUGACUCGUCAAGAGGAACAGGUUCACAGAGAGAAGUUGGUGCUCGGUUAUGUGUUUCUGGAAUAUAUGCUGAGCUUGACAGGGACGGAAUGCUUCAUAAGUAUUUUAAUAAGAUAUGGGAAAACAUUUUAAUAAGGGAAACACCAUGAAAUAUACUGCGUCCUAAUAGGAAGGCAUGCAGAUGGGAUUUGUUAAGAGACAGAAAGAAAGACAGCCAUAAAUUCUGGCUUUGGGGAAAACUCAUAUCCCCAUAAAAAGGAAGAACAAUCACAAAUAAAGUGGGCAAAAUGUAAUGUGGCUUUAGUCACUAGAGUAUAAGUAGCUGCCAAUUUGUAAGCCAUCUGUUAAAAAAAUUUCUACCUUAUAACAAACUGCUAGCGAAAGUCUGAAGAAAAGUAAAUUUUCUAAAAGAUUAUGGGGAGAAUGAACACAAAUUUAUUUACAACCAAUGGGAUUUCAGUAGUACUUCCCCUCUCUUUUUCUAAAAUUUCAUUAUAAUCUGUAAAUUAUUUCAAUUUACUGCCUUCAUUCUCUCCUGAAUAUUGGAUUUUAUUUGAGUGACUAGGAAAAUAACAAUAUAUACAUAUAUAGAGAGAUAGAAUUAGGUAGAAAACAGUGGUGGGGAGUGGGGAUAUAUAUUUGUUGAGUAAUAGAACAAAUGCAAAAAUGUUGACAACGGAAAGGGUUAAAUUAACUCUUUGACAUCUUUUCUUCACACAAUCUUUUUGCAUUUCCGAGAUUGUAUGCUGUAAUUCAAGUAGCAUUGUUUUAGUAAUUUAAUAAUAAAUAAGACUAAUGCAUGUAAAGAAACUGAACGCACAGCAUUAACAUAAACAUUUUUCAUAUUUUGUUAGCACUUUUCAAAUGUUUCCAAUUUGACUAUCCCUCUCUGCAGACGUAUGGUAUGUUUCCUGCCUGUUGGAGCAGAACUCACCUUUCCUUCUUGGAACACAAAACCCUUUGCCUUCUUCUGUUUUGCCUCUUCACGCCCUUUUUAGUGUGAAAUGAAAAAUUAGCCACUUCCUCACAUGGAAGGCAGCCUUUCAGAAAACUGAAUAGCAGACAUUGCUCGUCUCGCAUGCAUUCUGUGUGUCUUGAAAGAAGAGCCUGUGAGAACCGAUGUGGUUAGAGGGAGUCUUGUGAGAGUUUCAGUAGCAUGUCUGUGACUGCCUGUAUGUUCGGAAUGUUCAAUCUUAGGUUCAUUUUCUUUGCCUUGCUAACCUAUCUCAAAGUAGUCACAUGGCUGUAUGAGGUUAGGGACCCUGUUUGAAAUGAUACCCGUAAAUAUUUGUAGAUGUUUCACUCUACCAAAAACUUGAAUUUUUUUUUUAAGUGAAUCAGAAACAAUCACUCUUAAAAAAGUAAUGCAUAAGAAUGGCUAUAGGGAGCAUCGGGCUGCUAAUUGAAUAUCAUAAGGAGAGCAUUUGUAAUUAUUGACUUGCAGAGUUUAAAUGUUCCAGGAACUUAUGGCAAGCUCAAAGCAAAUAAAUGGGAGUGUUUCAUUUUUAACAUUUCCUAAUUUUGUGUAUCAGACAGCCAUGAUCAAAGUAUAGGUGUCUUUGGGGAAAUUACAUGAAGCUCAAGUGUUAGAAUUAACUUGUGUAAUAAAUUUGGUUUUCAUCAAAAUAUGAACGCUCAAACCAUUUUUUAAUUACUCCUUUCUAAUCUUAAUUAUUUAGAUAAAAUUUGGGCAACUUCUUUUACUUUAUAGCUAAUAUUUUGGCUGCUUCGGAUCUAAAACAUUAAUUUCUAAUAAUUGAUUAAAGUAUAUUUGAAAUAUUGAAUAAAUAUUGAGUAAAACAAAAUGUCAUAUAAUAAAAAAAACAUAUGGGCAAAGACGUAUGUGUAUUUAUGAAGGUAGAGGACAUCUAAGCUACAUUUAAUUUUUUAAUCUUUUAAUUGCCUAGAACACUUAGGACAGUAUGACUCUAUUAAGUCUAGAGAUGAGACACAAUAUAUACUUCCUCACCACUGAAGGUUUUACCAAAUUUUCCUUGAAAUAAUGAAAAGUAAAAUUAUAGUUAAUAGUUUCAGAUAGGUUUGUUAAGAAACUUGUUAUCUAUGGAGAGGUCUUAAAAUGUCUGCCUAUUCUUGGUUUCAUAUUUUUCUCUCCUGUUUUGAAUACAUAUAUCUUUAACUUGCAUAUUCUCUCCUGCAUUUCAUUCCAGCUAUUUAUGCUGCUAAAUGGAAUCCUGCCUUUCUGCAUACAUUUACAUUCAGUUUAUUGGGAAUUUUAAGAGUUUGCUUAGAAAUGAAGAGUCUAAGUAAUUAAUUUAUGUAGAACCUUUUUUUCCUCCGAAGAGCUCAACACACUACAUUCAUAUUACUGAAUAAACAUUUCUGAAAACCAACGAAAUUGCUUAAAAGAUGGGAAAAACAGUCGUAGAGAAUUUAGAAAUUUCCAAAAGCUACAACAGUAGAAGAAUUGUAAUCUACACGAAAAUCUCGUCAAUCUGUUGGCUAGCUGAUGCUCAUUUACAAUAUGCUGCCUACAAAACAGUCUUACUCUUGAAUUCUGCCUUUGGUCUAUAUUUCAGUUCUUUUAUGCUAUUAAGUUUUGUUCCUGCUGAAUUGUAUAGACUCGAUUAAAAAAUAAGUUUACAGUG